AGGAGCAUCUUCCAAGAUGGAGGCCGGGAAGGGGCCCGCGCGUCGCCCAGCAACCCCGCAGCAUAAAGCCGAGCUGGAAGUGAGAUGGGUUCAGGGAUUCACCAACAAGAACGUGGGCUUUGUCAACAAUAGGACUGUCUGUUACCCUUGUGGAAAUUACAUCAUUUUCAUUAACGUUAUAACACGGGACCGGUCCUUCUUGAAGUGUCACACUGGAGGCAUUGGAGCCUUUGCAGUGAAUCCAAAUCAGCAUGUAGUUGCAUUUUCAGAUCGGCAGUUGAAUCCUGUCAUCUAUAUUUACAAUUUCCCAGGACUAAAGAAAGUGGCCAAAUUGGAAGGACAAGCCAAGCUGGACUAUUCCUUGCUUGCAUUCAGUUAUGCAAGUCCUUAUCUGGCUAGUUAUUCCUCACUUCCAGAUUUUUCCCUUUCAAUAUGGGACUGGCACAAAAAGGUUGUCUUGUGCAGUCAGUCACAACCAGGAGUAGAAGUGAUUGCAAUGAGUUUUAAUCCCAUGAGCUGGCACCAGUUGUGUUUGUAUAGUGGAACUUCUGUUACCAUUUGGACCGUUGAAAGGAAUAAUGAAGAGCACAUUCUGAAAUCAAAACCAGUCAAGCUUCCUGCUGAAGAUGGCUGUCUAACAGAUGAGCAAAGCACCUUCUUCUCGCGUCCCAGUGUCAGUGACCCUUAUUUUGGCCCUGUACUCCCCAAUUCAGCCAUCGCUGGCCUGGUAGGAGAUGAAGCAGAAACAUUUAGGCCCAAGGUUGAUAUUCAGCCUUGUGUUCACCCUACUGUUCACUGCUGGACUCCAGCUUCUGGCUGUAUGGGUUGUGAAGAGGAUCUUUUGAAAAUUGUGCAGACAAUUCAAGCAGUUCUUGUCACCCCAACUUCAGAUACUAAAGCAAAAAAGCGGGCAACUUUUCGAUCUCUGAAUUUCUCUUUAAAUCAGUCCUUUGCGAAGAGGGAAGCUCAAAAUGUGGUCCUCCUCGCCAUGGCACUUCAUAAGGAUGGACUCUAUGCAGCUGGAAAUGAUGGUUUUGUGCGGUGUUAUAAAAUAAAAGGCACAACAUUUGAGAUGGAAGACUGUCUGGAUAUGGAGGAGCCUAUUACAAAUCUUACCUUCUCCCCUGAUUACAUUUACCUAUUAGUAGAAACAGAAAAGGGAUCACUCUGUGUUUUUAAUCCUAAUGAUAAUGAAGAUGUUGGCCUGUUAUUGGAUGCAAGUCUAAAUCAGUUUAUAGGAUCUGAUUUUAUUGUUCCAGGAACAAAGUACUGUGUGUCUGUCGCAGAGUCAGGAGAGGUGCAUAUUUGGCAGCUGGAUGAUGGUGCUUUUGUCAGCAAACUGUCUCUACAUGUUUUGGUCACUGUAAUGGCCUGUAGCCUGUCCUCUCAUUGUGUUGCAGUGGGAACGGGAAAGGGUCAUGUCUAUUUCAUAGAUGUUACUGAAGUUGAAACUCCUAGAGUGAUUCACCGAGUUCUCCUAUCUGAGAUUCCUGUGAAAUUUCUCCACUAUGAACAAAGUGGUCAGUUUCUCAUAGCAUCGAAUACAAAUGGACAGAUCUUUAUUUUAAAUGCUUUUCCUUCAAAAUUAUUUGAAAUCCUUGGGUGUAUAGAGAAUGACGAGUGUGUCACAGAAAGAGGGAUGUUAAAAGAGAACAUAAUUCGGAAACGUGUAUAUGAAUUAGAGUUCCCUCUAUAUUCUCUGGUCAAGAGGAAGGAUGGUACAGUGUUAGGCUAUACUACCCUAGCACCUUUCAUCUGUAAAUAUCAUCUGAGUGCAAAGAUAACCUGGAAAGAUCAGCCAAUCAUUCUUUCGGAGAAGAAGAUGCCAAGCAAACAAUUUGGACGUGCUUUUCUACAUUUGUCACCUCAUGGCAAAUGGUUAGCUUCAUUUGCAGAAAGCGGGCUAGUUUUUAUCCAUGAUGCUUCAAGUAUGGAUGUAUUGACUCAUGAGUACUGCCAUUCCUAUCAUGGACGAGGAAUCAGAUCAUUUGCAUUCUCAUUGGAUGGCCAGUAUAUGCUUGCUUGUGGCUCACAGGAUGGAGCGCUUGUUUGUCUAAAAUGGAAGAAGCUUGGAGAACGCAAAAUAAAGGAUGCAGUUGACUUUGGCACUUAUCUUCUUAGCAUGGUUAACAGCUCUAUUUUCCGUGAAAACCUAGCUCUACGGAACAUGACAGAGUGGACAGCAGCAACAAAAUCCCAAGUCUAUGAGAGUGCUUCUUCUCAGAUGAGGCUCCAUAGGACAUCAGGUAUUGAAAUGACAGAGGAAGAUGAAUACUUUCUUUUGACUCAAGCAAAACCUGAUGAAAUUGCAUGGAUAGAUCAGAAAGCUCAGAAGGCUAUUAAAGAUGAAUCCAGCAAGUUUGCUGAAAAUAGAAAGAAAGUGAAACUUGGAAUUAAAGCACUCCGAAAAAAGAUUCAGGAUAUGAUGUUUGAAAAUUCAAUGGUACCCAAACUUGAGAGACUGGACCAACAAGAAUUCAACCUGGAUGUAGAAGAACAAGAAAAACAAAAAUUGCGUAGUGAAACAGAAGUGGAACGGGUAAGAAAGGAUAUAGAAUUGGAAAAUCUAGCUAAUCGCUACUUACGUGAAAUAAUGAAACAUGAGUGUUGGGAUGCAAUGUCUGUUAAAGGGCGCUCUGUUAAGACCUUCCAUUCACCUUGCGAAGUUCAGAAUUACCCAAUGAGAGAAAGGACUCCAGAAGAACAGCAAAUGUUGGAGAGAGUUCUGUAUUUGAAGAAGAUUGAAGCAACAGAUUUGAAGCUUCGAAAGAGGAUUGUCGAAUUUGAAUCUCAACCUUCAGUAAUGAUAAAAGAGGAAGGAGAGAAGGCAGAAGAAGAAGAAAGUGUUGAUGCUCUGGUUGGGAGCCUGAGUUCACGCUAUGGUGCAGAUACAUCUCUUUUACAGCACCAGAUGGAACUGCACACUCGAGAGGAAAAGAUCAGUCAGAUUGUUUUGCUACAGGACAUUAUUCACAAUGUGAAGAGUGCUUUUAAUAAGGAGUUUGACUCAGUUAUACGAAUGAAAGAACUGGAAAUUGGUCGCGUGAAGGAGAGAAACGUCAGGAUCUCAGAGAUCUUAAACCAGCUGGAUAUUCGUGAGGAGAUAUGGGUUCCAACUCUUACAGAUAAUGAGAAACCAGAUCGAGCACUGACAGUUCUAGAAUCAGAGAUCAAAGUGGAAAAAUAUUUGACCCCAGUGCAGAAAGCAAAAGAAAAAAUUAUGGGUAGGGUUGAGUAUAAAAGACGUCUUGCUGCUCAGGCGGACAAUGCAAGAGAGCGUGGCCUUAUGGAUAUGAUGAAUGGAGUCCUUGAAAUCAAAAAAGAAGAUAUUUUGAGAAUGGAGAUUCCAGUGCCUGCUUUUGCAUCAAAAGAAGAAGCACUCUGGAGUGAAGAUGAGAAAAAAUUAUAUAAAGAAUAUGAGAAGAAAGUUAAAGAACUGAAUGAAGAAAGAGAGAAACAUCGAAAGAUUCUGGAAACUGAGUUGAGGAAGCUCCAAGGCUCUAUUCAGGAAACUACACAGACAUUUGAUGAAAUUGUGAAUAGGCUCUUUGAUAAAAAAGUUAACUGUGAAAUGGUUAUAUAUCAGGAAGAACUCAAAAUAACUAAUCUCCUUUAUUCACUACUUUUGGAUGAAGAACUGAGCACAAGAGAAUCUGGGCUCCAUUGUUACCUUGAUAAAAAGAGAAAAGAAAAACUAAUGUGUAAUGAAGCAGUCAAGACAGCCAAAGCAGAAGUAGAUGCAUUCAGAGAGGCCUAUGACAUCUUAGUUGCUGAAGAUAAACUUAUGGAACGUGGUUUUAGAAAGGAAUUUUCAGAUCUUCCUACCCAUCACAUUGACCAAUUAUUCAAACUUUACAAACGUCGCCCAAGGCCUCUCAAGACAAAGGUUCAAGCAGAUGCUGCUAACCCGUAUGGUGAUCGGCCAGGAUCUGCCAAAGCUUACCAAGAUGCUCUUGCCCAUUUAAUGAAAGCUAUUGAUGAAAUGGAUGAACCUGAAAACAGACCUGAUGGUAUGGACCUUGUCAACUGGGAACGUUUUUGUGGAAUUAGACGAGCCAAAGUGGAAAGUGAACAGCUGAUAAAGCAAAAAGCACUGACACUAGCGGAGAUGCAAACGUUCCUUCAGAAGCGGACUGAAGAUGAUGAGAGAAUACGGAAAGACAUUGACCAUGUUUUUGCUGAACUCAAUCUGCUUCGAGAGCAGAAGAUGAGAUUUCAGUUAGAUUUGAUGGUCCAGUUUCUCUUCAAACAAGGACAAGUGGAACUAGAAUCUACCAAUUUAAUACCAGAUUACACUGAUGCUAUUCUCAUUAACAGGAGCAUUAUCGAAGAACUGAACAGCGUAAUCCGGGCUCAAGGAGAAAGAAAAAUUGCCAGCAUGGUGGAAAGCAAAGAUUUCCGUAAGGGUAUAUUUCAGCUGGAAUGGGAACAUAAAAAAAUGCAGAUGCAGGUGGAGGAUCUAAAUCAACAGGCUCGGGAUAUUCAAAAACUCAAUGUUACAAAAGAUCACCAAAUUUUCUUGUCAGCAGUAAACUAUGAUAGCCAUAUCAAUCGUGAGGUCUCGAUAAUGGAAGGAACCCUUAAUUUUCUAGAUAAGGUUCACAAGAAAAAUGUGCAGCAACGAGAGAAAGUCACCAAAGAGCUAGAGAAGCAGAUAAGUGUGAAAGACUUGGCAAACCAGAAGCUCAGCAAAGAAUUACAAGAAAUGCUUGUUACUGUGUCAGAAAGGCGCCAUAUUCAUGAUGCUACUGACUCGGAGGCGCUUAAAGAAAGAAUUACUAAAGAGCGUUAUGAGGACAUUGUACAACGGCAGCAGCUUGUGGAUCUUGCAAAGGCCCAGGCCCAGGAGUUGUCUAUCCUUCAAGAUGAAGUGGAGAGGCUGAGAAUGAGAACAUUCCCAGCUUUCUUUGAUGUGCAAGAGUACUAGCAAGGAGACACUUUGAUGACAACAGAAAAAUAAAUACACUUGUGGACUUACAUGAGUCUACAAGAAAGUGGGGCCUUUCUUCCCCUUUUUAAAAACACUUAAUAUUUUACUAGACUACAGCAGCUUUAUAGAUGUUUCUUUAACUCAUUUUGAAUCUGGAAGAACUGGUAUGAUUUACUGUGGCCUAAAGCCAAUUGCUAGUCCCAACCAGAGGAGACACAUUGAAUCAAAUUUAAGUACUAAUUUACCAAGUUCCCAUUGAUUCAGUGGAUCUACUGUAAUUGGGACUAUCAGUUGGUUUUAGACUUAUACAUGUUACAAUGGAAUAAACUAAAGAGUUCAUAUCGCUA